AUGGACCUGAAGGAGAGCCCCAGCGAGGGCAGCCUGCAACCUUCCAGCAUUCAGAUCUUCGCCAACACAUCCACUCUCCAUGGUAUCCGCCACAUCUUCGUGUAUGGGCCGCUGACCAUCCGGCGUGUGCUUUGGGCAGUGGCCUUCGUGGGCUCCCUGGGCCUGCUGCUGGUUGAAAGCUCUGAGAGAGUGUCCUACUACUUCUCAUAUCAGCAUGUUACCAAGGUAGAUGAGGUGGUGGCCCAGAGCCUGGUCUUCCCAGCUGUGACCCUCUGCAACCUCAAUGGCUUUCGGUUCUCCAGGCUCACCACCAAUGACCUGUACCAUGCUGGGGAGUUACUGGCCCUUCUGGAUGUCAACCUGCAGAUUCCUGACCAGCAUCUGGCGGACCCCACAGUCUUGGAGGCCCUGCGACAGAAGGCCAACUUCAAACACUACAAACCGAAGCAGUUCAGCAUGCUGGAGUUCCUGCACCGGGUAGGCCAUGACCUGAAGGAUAUGAUGCUCUACUGCAAGUUCAAGGGGCAGGAAUGUGGACACCAAGACUUCACCACGGUGUUUACAAAAUAUGGGAAGUGUUACAUGUUUAACUCAGGCGAGGAUGGCAAGCCUCUGCUCACCACAGUCAAGGGGGGGACGGGCAACGGGCUGGAGAUCAUGCUGGACAUUCAGCAAGAUGAGUACCUGCCCAUCUGGGGAGAGACAGAGGAAACAACGUUUGAAGCAGGAGUGAAGGUUCAGAUCCACAGUCAGUCUGAGCCGCCUUUCAUCCAAGAGCUGGGCUUUGGGGUGGCUCCGGGGUUCCAGACCUUCGUGGCUACACAAGAGCAGAGGCUCACAUAUCUGCCCCCACCAUGGGGGGAGUGUCGGUCCUCAGAGAUGGGGCUCGACUUCUUUCCUGUUUACAGCAUCACCGCCUGUCGCAUUGACUGUGAGACCCGCUACAUCGUGGAGAACUGCAACUGUCGCAUGGUCCACAUGCCAGGGGAUGCUCCUUUCUGCACCCCUGAGCAGCACAAGGAGUGUGCAGAGCCUGCCCUCGGCCUCCUAGCAGAAAAGGACAGCAAUUACUGUCUCUGCAGGACACCCUGCAACCUGACCCGCUACAACAAAGAGCUCUCCAUGGUGAAGAUCCCCAGCAAGACGUCAGCCAAGUACCUAGAGAAGAAAUUUAACAAAUCUGAAAAAUAUAUCUCAGAGAACAUUCUGGUUCUGGAUAUAUUUUUUGAAGCACUCAAUUACGAGACAAUUGAACAGAAGAAGGCGUAUGAAGUUGCUGCCUUACUUGGUGACAUUGGUGGUCAGAUGGGAUUGUUUAUUGGUGCUAGUAUCCUUACAAUACUAGAGCUCUUUGAUUAUAUUUAUGAGCUGAUCAAAGAGAAGCUAUUAGACCUGCUUGGCAAAGAAGAAGAGGAAGGGAGCCAUGAUGAGAACAUGAGCACCUGUGACACAAUGCCGAACCACUCUGAAACCAUCAGCCACACUGUGAAUGUGCCCCUGCAGACAGCUUUGGGCACCCUGGAGGAGAUUGCCUGCUGACACCUCAGGCAACGCAGCACCUCCAAAUAGACCUUAAGGCCCAAGACCCAGGACAGGGGACAGCAAGCUCAGGUGGAAUGGCCCCUGAUGACAGAAAGAAGCAAGAGCCCCCCCAUGCACACAUUGUGAACUUCUGCCAAACCUCACUCUGGCCACAUCUGACAUGAACCGUCCCGGGCCCUGCCACUUGUCCCUUGUAGGACCAAUGAGUCCCACUCCGGAACUGUCCAAGAACUAACCUGCCAUCACAUCUCACUGCCAAGAUGUACAAAGCACCUGCAUGCUCAGACUUCUUACGGCGCCACCUCCACUUUUGUCUUGUACAUGGUAUUUUCUCCAUGCAGUUUCCAGAGCCCACUCUGCUGCCCAUGCAGUGGGACCAGGUUCCAGCCCCGAAGCCACCCUGAGCCCAGCUCUGGAAUCAAAACUGCUCGGUCAAUAAGGAAACCACAGAACUCUCUACAACGUUCGGUCCUUGUGUUGUUUGUGAAGGUUCUUAACCUGCCCACAAACCCUUGUCCCCCAAACCGGCCAUGGGGCUCCUGCACUAAAGGUGACCAGUGCCAACCUCCUUCUUAUCCCAGCACCUGUGGAGGUGGUACAGUGGCCUGGGUGACCCCAUUAUUCGUCCAUGGAGCCACGUCGUUCUCACCCUGUGACACAGCUGUAAAGUUUGAUUUCUUUUGUUUUUUGUUUUGUUUUGUUUUGUUUUGUUUGGGGCGGGGGCUGUUUUUGUCUAUUGAAGGUUGUUUUGGUUUGCUGUUUUACAGUCUUUGGUUUCGAUGUUCUAAGGUUCUGUUUGGGUUUUCCACUUUCUUUGGCGUUUAUUUAUUCGUGCUUCGAACCACUGUCAUAUUAAAAGCUGGUCUUGUGGAAGUGGCCACAUCA